GUGAGAGACUUCUCCCUCAAGCAGCAGCCUGACACGUGACCGUGCCAAAUAAAGUUCGGCUCCUUCCCGCUCGACGUCGCGAAACUGAAAGUGAACUCUUCGCCAGAACAGCACCACCGAAACUUGCGCGCAACUGGACGACCACAACACAAACUCACUCGCAUCCAUUUCACUACUUCCACACGCGUUCCUGAACCCAGCGCGACCAUUGCGCGUUCGCCAAUAUGAAGCUCGUCAGGUUUUUGAUGAAAUGCACAAAUGAGACGGUGACGAUUGAGCUCAAGACCGGCACCAUCGUCCAAGGCACGAUCGCCAGCGUCUCCCCACAAAUGAAUACAAAUCUGCGCAAUGCGAAGAUGACGCCCAAAGGCGGCAGCCAGAUCUCUCUGGAUCACGUCUCAAUUCGAGGAUCAGAGAUUCGAUACUACAUUCUGCCCGACUCGCUACCGCUUGACACUCUUCUCAUCGACGACACACCGAAGCCGAAGAACAAGGCGCGAAAGGAGCAAGAUCGGUCAGCUGGAGGACGCGGCGGUCCCCGGGGCGGUCGCGGCGGUGGACGUGGAGGUGGCAGAGGCAGAGGGCGAGGACGGGGCCGUGGGUUCUAGAUGGAGCGAGAUGGUCUCUACUGGAAUAUUGUCGCACGGAAUGAACAAACCCAUUGAAGUGAAUUGGGGAUAGGCGAUGAAUAUCGAAUUGCGCGCGCGACCACGCACAGGUGCUAGGGGCGCAGUCAAGCAUCACGUAUUUCGAGCGUGGUGGAGUUCAGGCGCAGCGGGAUGCACAAGCUCGAUACGAGAGCGCACCAGCGAGGUACUGUCCUCCAGGGAUUUCGAAAAGCUGAAAAUCAGCAUUGGACACGGAACAAUCGCACGACCAUCACCUACUCUGGGUUCUCACAUUCGCACUGGUCCGCAUGAACAGUCUAUUGUAAGAUACUGAUUGAGCGUUCAAGAGCCCCACUCAGUAUCCUCUGUGCACAAUGGUCUCGUUCCAAGCUUGUCGAUUUUCACACGACAAUAGGUUCCCAGAAUAGCCCAACAAUUUCAAGUGAAGCGUUAGUAUUCACCAGGCAGCACCCUCUACCAGGCAUUGUGCUAUACUGAGACAAUAGAUUGACGAAUCAAUAAGCACAGCUACGGCCAUCCAGCCAGUCACAAGCCGAGCUUCACUUCUUUCUGCAGCAAUCAGCAGCUUGCACGUGAGCUCUCCUGCAGCAAAGUGAAGGCACAAACGGCGCUUCACAAAUAACUUCCA